UAUUCAUUUUUGUGGGGCUUUGUCAAGUUGUGGACGUCAAAAAAGCUCCGAGUAGCACACUAGCGAUGUGAGCAUCAGUAGGUAAACGUUAAAGGCAGCAGCAGCGCCGGUGUACAGACUACAAGCCCCGCAGGCCAGUGCUGAGUUAUGUCCCGCCUCCUCUGCCGUUCCAGUGUCGUCAGGAGCGGAGAGGGGGCCUCACAUCCCAGACCGGAUUGACCGGACUCCACCUGUCGAGAACCGGGCGCUGUGCUUGGUUUCUGUUCGUGGAUGUCGUGAGCGAAUGACAGUAGCGCGCGCAGACACAGGACGGCACGAGCCCCGGCAGGAGGAGCCGCUCACGAGCCGCAGCAUCACAUCACCGAGUGACUCCGUGAGUUCAGCCCGGGGAGGAGACACCAUCUCCCGCUGCAUGCUUUUAUCCGCAGUGCCUCAGCCAAGCAGAAUGUCAAGACAGCAGCAGCAGCAACAGCAGCAGCAGCAGCAGCAACAGCAGCACCGGACGCCGUUAAAACUCACCGACAACGUAGUGGAGGUCAAGAGUAAAUUUGAGGCAGAGUACCGUCGCUUUGCUCUCAAGAGAAAUGGCCCAGGUGGAUUCCAAGAGUUCUACCGCCUCCUCCAAACCAUUCAUCGCAUCCCUGGUGUUGAUGUGCUGCUGGGAUAUGCAGAUGACCAUGGAGACCUCCUUCCAAUCAACAAUGAUGACAACUUCCACAAAGCUGUCUCAUCAGCUAAUCCACUGCUCCGCAUUAUUAUAACCAAAAAAGAGGAUGAACCUGUCGUCUUUGCCACCAACUCUCUCCAGAGGCGUAAAAAGGGCUCGGCUUAACUGGGACUGCGCACAACAGGCUCAGGCUCCGCCCACUCAAAGAACAAAUCAGGCCUCAUGAUUGGCCUGCCGCAGAACUUCAGACAGAUCUCAUCCAUCAUCGACGUAGACAUUUUGCCUGAGACACACCGGCGGGUACGACUCCACAAGCACGGUACCCACAAACCACUGGGCUUCUACAUCCGUGAUGUGAGCGUGCGGGUGACAUCACAGGGCGUAGAGAAGGUUCCAGGGGUAUUUAUAUCUCGUCUGGUCCGUGGUGGGCUAGCAGAGAGCACAGGGCUGCUGGGUGUUAACGACGAGAUUCUCGAGGUGAACGGCAUCGAUGUUGCAGGAAAAUCUUUGGAUCAGGUUACAGACAUGAUGGUGGCCAACAGCCACAACCUCAUUGUUACAGUGAAACCGGCUAACCAGAGGAACAACGUUGUGCAUCGCGGGAGUAAAUCUUCAGUGGGAAACUCUGGUUCGGUGGGCUCAGCUGGUUCUGCUCUGUCACAUGACUCACCAAGCCCUGCCUCUCAGAGCAACCCCAUUACUGCGAGCAACAGCAUUGCUGAGGGCGACAGUGAUGAUGAAGAUGAUGACGGCGACCUCAUUCUGGAGAAUGACUGCCUGACACCCUACGACUCCCACAGGGUAGCUAACAGCAACAGCACUAACCUCAACAGAGACUCACCAAGCAACAGGCCGCACAACUUCGCUGUGGGUAGGCCCUUCCCACAGAGUGUUUCGUUGCCGAACAGCAUUGGAGCAUCCCUGAGUGACAGCUCUGUGAUGAUGUCCAAUCACAACGGAAACCCUUCCCACACAGCUAGCAGCAGUCAAGAAAGCAUGAGAGAGGACGGCAACACAGUAACACUGUAACCAUGACAGCAAAUGAUACACUGACUGUUACAAAGGGAUUAUGGAAUGUUACAGUCACAGUGCUGUAACCAUGACGAUUCCAGAUAAUUGUGUCAGAUGACAGACUCAGCAGCAUCUUUUCUUCUCAAGGUUCUGCCUGUUGAUCCCCUGUAAGUUUCCCUUUUUAAAGUUAAAGGGAGAUGUGGACAGUUAAGUGCGCUGACAGGACCACACAAACCUUGUUCAGAACAGUCUACGAAUUUCUUACCUCUUGUCAGCCUUGGUGGAUCAUUUCCUGAGGCAAUAUAUAGAGCUGAAUAGUCAAGUUCUGGAAGAUAUAUGUAUGUAUAUGAUG